AUGUUAAAGUAUAUUCCUACAUCAUUAAGACUUGUUAGGGGUUUACAUAGUACUAAAAGAGUAUUGGCACCAAUAGUUGAAGCUUCAGAUGAUUCACAAACUGGUAAAUAUAUCAGUACAAUUAUCAAUCCUUAUACUGCUACCACUUAUGCUAGACCAAAUAUUAUCUUUACUCAUGGUAGAGGGUCAUUAUUAUAUGAUUUAGAAAACAAUGAAUAUGUUGAUUUUAUAGCUGGAAUUGCUGUUACUGCUUUAGGCCACUCCAAUGAUCAAAUCACUGAAUUGAUUUCUGGUCAAAGUUCAACAUUAAUACAUUGCUCAAACUUAUUCCAUAACUUAUACGCUGGGGAAUUGAGUUCUAAAUUGAUUGAUAAGACCAUUAAUAGUGGAGGAAUGCAUGAUGCAUCCAAAGUGUUUUUAUGUAACUCAGGAACUGAAGCUAAUGAAGCUGCUUUAAAAUUUGCCAGAAAGUAUGGUAAAACUGUUAGUCAAGAUAAAGUAGAAAUUAUUUGUUUUGAAAAUGCUUUCCAUGGUAGAUCAAUGGGUGCUUUAUCUGUAACACCUAAUCCAAAAUACCAAGAACCAUUUUCUCCAUUAAUUCCUGGAGUUCAAAUUUGUAAACUUAAUGAUAUAGAGAGUGUCAAAGCUAAAAUUAGUAGCAAGACAUGUGGAGUCAUAGUAGAACCAAUUCAAGGUGAAGGAGGUGUUACUCCAGCAGAUACCGAGUUCUUAAGUGAAUUAAAAAAAUUGUGUGAAGAAAAUGAUGCAGUAUUAAUUUACGAUGAAAUUCAAUGUGGUUUAGGAAGAUCAGGUAAAUUAUGGGCUCAUUCAUAUUUACCAAAAGAAGCUCAUCCUGAUAUUGUUACUAUGGCCAAAGCUUUAGGUAAUGGGUUCCCUAUUGGUGCUACUAUGAUCAAUGAUAAAAUCCAAAGUGCUCUUAAUGUUGGUGAUCAUGGCACUACUUAUGGAGGUAAUCCUUUAGGAAGUAAAAUUGGUAGUCAUGUUGUUGAAACCAUUGCUGAUGAAGAAUUCUUAACUGCUGUUAAUGAUAAAUCCGAAAAAUUAACUUCUGAAUUAUCAAAAUUAAUCGAACCUUAUGAUAAAGUUACCUUAAAAGGUAAAGGUUUAUUAUUAGGUUUACAAUUUGAUGAAUCAAUCAAUAUCUCUAAGAUUAUUGAAGAUUGUAGAAGUAAAGGUUUAUUGAUUUUAAGUGCCGGUAUGAAUGUCAUUAGAAUCAUUCCAGCUUUAAAUAUCCCUGACAAACAACUUGAACGUGGUUUAGAAAUCUUAUCCACUGUUAUUAAACAACACUUAAAAUAG